UCUAUUUAGUUCAAGAAGGCGAGGUGUAAACUAUAAUCCCAUGAUUUGUUUAAUAUUGUUAAUAUUAAAAAAAAACUUUAAUAACUAUCGUUUGCUCAAUAGUAAAUUAAUUGUUUAAUAAAAUAAUGUCAUCACAAGAUGAAAUUAAAGAUGUCUCGAAAAAAGAUGAAGAAUUCGAAAAGUUGCGAAGGAAGCUAACCGAUGUCGGAAUGUACGAAGAAGGAAUGAAUCUGGAUAACAUGAAAGAAUUAAUAAAAGUUCUACAAGAAUCAAAAGAAAUGCACGAAAAUAGGAAUUCGCAAUCUUUUCAAGCACCAGAUUCGCCACCAAAAAAUACCACCGAAAAUAAUAAUGAAUCACCGAAAAAAAGUUAUGCAAAUUCAAUAAAAAAGCCAUCAUCCUCUGAUAAUGUUGACACUGUCAAAGAAAAUAAGGAAAUAAAAACAGAUGCAUUUUGUUCAAAUGAAAAUAAUUGUCGUUCAACUAAAUCUCUUUUGGAAUUCCAAAAAAAAGCGUUUAGAAGGAGAAAAUAUGCCAUGGAUCCAUUACAAGGAAAAAUUCCCGAAAACGAAGAGCCAUUAAGUCGACCAAUUAAUGAAGAUAGUGAAACAAUUGAUGAUUUUUGGAGUAACGUUGAUAUUCCAAUUAAAGAGAGGGUGGAGGAAUUAAGCGAAUUUUUACAACAAUUACGAGAUACGUGGAUUAUGGAAAAGUCAAAUGUUGUUGCUGAUUCGGAAUUAGAAUGGGGGUCACCCAUUGAGGUGGGCAAUCAUCGCUUUAAUUUGGAUAGGAAAACAACAACAACAACAUCAACAUCAGGACAAUACGAGCAGGAACCAACGAGGGAAGUAAUGAGCCGCGCCAGUAAACGUAAGGCAACUACUCUUAUUGCAAAUAUUAGUAAAAAUUCCGAUAGUGAUACUGAAGCUGAUGAUGAUUCGGCUUUGUUGAAAAAAAGAAAACCUCAACAGGAAAGAAGAAAAAACAACAACGACACAAGCACAGACGGAAAAGAUGUGCAAAUGGAUGUAGAUUUCGAUAAGUUUGUUAAAACUUAUAAUAAACCACAAACACCAAGUACAUCAUAUUCAACAAUUAACACAGCGAAUGAAACAAAUAUUAUCGAUUCCGAUGUAGAGGAUAUUUUUGAUUAUAAAGAUGAUAAAAAAUCACCCGAACCACAAAUUUAUCCUCGAAAAAUUCAACCUCCAAUUCCAGGCACUAAUAAAGCACGAAGGGGUAAAGGACGAAGUAGUGGUGGUGGUAAAGGAAAUUUUAAAGGGCCACGUGCCAAAAAAACAAAUAAUGAAAAUAAAAUCGAUGAAUCGGAAAAAAAUGUUCCAUCAUUAAAUCGAAAAGAAACACCACUUGAAAUUGUUUUAGAUUGUGAAACAUCUGAAUUACAGGAUAUUUCACCGCAAACCGAUGUGAAAAUGUUAAAAAUGCCAUUAACCGAAAGAACACGAUUAUCAAAACAAAAAUUAAUUGAAAUAGAAAAUAGAGAGAAGAUAAAACAAGAAGAAUAUAAUUUAAAUGAACAAAAACUUGAGGAUGAAAAAAAUAGAAAACAAGAUGAACUUAUUCAAAAACGUUUAGCAGAAAAGGAAGAAAAUGAAAAAUUAUCGAAAAUACGUGAAAAACAUGAGAAAGAAAUGACAAAAAAAUGGAAUACUGUACUUCAGGAUAAAUCGAAAACAAAGUCUAAAAUAAAAGAUAAUAAAAGUUUGUCCGCUGAUGAAAUUCAACAGGAUUUAUUAGGCGAGGAUGAUAUUGUCAUAUGUGAUGAUCGUCCUGCAGGUCAAUCAAUGAAAAAAAAUGAAGUGGCGUGUCCAAUUUGUAAUAGAUCAUUUCCUGAAAGUGAUAUUGUGGAUCAUGCGUCAGAAUGCAAUCAAUUUGAAAUUGAAGAGACGUCAAGUCAUACUGUCGGUAAACGGCAGAGAAAAAAUAAAAUGAUUUGUAACGUCUGCAGAAAAUAUGAAACUGCAAAUGAAAAUGAUUAUUUCGAACAUGUUCAACUUUGUAAUGAAGAGUAUCGCGGACAAAGGGACGCAGGCUUCUUUCAAUGUUUUGCUGAAAGACAAUCAUUCCCAGCGACAAUACCAGGUGGGAUUUAUACAGAUUUAGAGAAGGCGCAAAUUAUACCGAAAAAUUUGAUAGGAUUCAAUGAUGUAAAAAAUCGAUGGAUUGCUAAGGAGAGCAUAAUUUAUUUUACAAAGUUUCAAGUGACAGAAGAAUUUUUAAAAGCAUCUAAAGUUGCUUUAGUGUUUCAUGGUUUGGAUACGUUUGCAAAUAUAUUUUUGAAUGAUGAACACAUUGGAACUACCGAUAAUAUGUUUGUGAAAUAUAAUUUUAAUGUGAAGACUCAAUUGAAGAAAAAAUUGAAUUCAACAAAUAAAUUAGAAGUACGUUUUGCUUCGCCGCUAAGAAUUGCAAAUCUACUUUACAGAAAGCAAAAAUUAAAUUACGAAGUUGUUCCAAGGUGUACGCCUGAAAAAUAUAAUGGAGAAUGUCAUGUUAAUCAUAUUCGAAAAAUGCAAGCAAGCUUCAGUUGGGAUUGGGGUCCAGCUUUUCCCUCGAUUGGAAUUUGGAAAAAUGUGGAAUUAAUUCCGGUGACUGAAGCUUAUGUCACCGAAGUAACAGCAGAUAUUGUCAAAAAAAAUUCCCAUUGGGAAAUAAAUGUUGGUGUAUUUUUCGAUACUUUAUCCUAUGAGCGAAAUAUAAAUUUUAAUGGAGUUAUUCAAUCAGUAUUAGAACUCGAUGAUGGAGAAUCAAUUAUGAAUUAUACAGAAUUUUCAUCAACAGCAGAAUGGAAAUAUUCAAAUUGUUCUGUUACUUUACAAAUUCCAUUUGAAUCAGUGAUGUUAUGGUGGCCAAACGGAUACGGAGAACAAAAACUUUAUAAACUCGUAACUCAUGUUCAAAUUGACAAUUACGAAAUGGAAAAUAUGAAAAAUAUUGGUUUUCGAACAAUUGAAUUGAUACAAGAUCCUUUGGACGAGGGUUUAACUUUUUAUUUUCGUGUGAAUAAUUUGCCAAUAUUCGCUAAAGGAAGUAAUUAUAUUCCAGGUAGUAUUUUUCCUGAAUUAAGUACAAGGAGGGAAAUUAUAUUACCAUUAUUGACAUCCGCUAAAGAGGCAAAUAUGAAUAUGUUACGUGUUUGGGGCGGUGGAAUGUAUGAAUCAAAUCUUUUUUACGAAUCAGCCGAUGAAUUGGGAAUUUUAAUAUGGCAAGAUUUUAUGUUUGCUUGCAAUAUGUAUCCAACGAGUGAUUCUUUUUUAGAAAGUGUUGCAAAUGAAGUGUCACAGAAUGUUAAACGAUUGAAACAUCAUGCAAGUAUUGCACUUUGGGCGGGUAAUAAUGAAAAUGAAAUUGCAAUUUAUGGCAAUUGGUAUGGAACGGGAGAUAAGGAGAUUUAUAAGGAUGAUUAUAUUAAAUUGUACGUGAAUCUUAUUAAAAAUUUAGUUGAACAAUUGGAUACGACAAGAUCGUUUGUUGUGUCAAGUCCUAGUAAUGGAUUGUAUAGUGAUAAUAAUGGUUAUCUUGGAACAAAUCCUGGAUCGAAUUUAUACGGAGAUGUUCAUUAUUAUAAUUAUUUGCAAAAUGGAUGGGAUAUGAAUCAUUAUCCAAGAGCGAGAUUCUCUUCAGAAUAUGGAUUUCAAUCGUGGCCAUCGAUAGAGACAUUGAUAUCUGCUGCUGAAUAUGAUGAAGAUUUAAAACUUGGCAGUGAUUUUAUGCAACAUCGACAACAUUUACCGGGUGGCGAUGGAUUUAUGAAAUUAUUGAUUGAAAAAAAUUUAAUUAUUCCCGAAAGUAAUAAUACAAGACGGGAUCUUGAGGAUUUUAUUUAUCUUAGUCAAAUUAAUCAAGCGAUGUCAAUUAAAAUGGAAACAGAAUUUUAUCGACAGGGAAAAAAUUCAUUGGAAUCGAAUGGUGGAGGUUAUACGCGAGGUGCACUUUAUUGGCAAUUAAAUGAUGUUUGGCAAGCUCCUUCCUGGUCCUCAAUUGAAUUUGGUGGACGUUGGAAGAUGUUGCACUAUUUUGCGAGAAAUUUUUUUGCUCCUGUAAUUGUGAGUUCACGUUUAUCCAAUGCUCGAGAUUUGACAAUUUACAUAAUUUCGGAUUUACAUCGUCCUUUAGAAAAACUUUCCUUAACUUUAAAUAUUUACAAAUGGGAUUCAAUUAAUCCAGUGUCAGUUCAAUAUUUCACGAAUCUCUCAGUGAAAGCCGAUGAAUCAAAAUUGGUAAAGAAACUUUGGUUAGACGAUUUUUUGGUGAAAAAUAAAUGUGGAAUAAUGGAAUCGGCAAAGAUAAAUUGUUUUUUGGAAAUUUUGCUGAGAAGUGAAACAGAAGGCAAAAUUAUUGAUGUAAAUUACGUCUAUCCAUCUCCUUUGAAAAAGGUUUCAUUGCCUCCUGCUGAAAUUGAAAUGAAAGUCAAUUCGAAAACAAUGCCUGGCGAGAAAGCAAAUUAUUCUGACUAUGAAAUUAAAUUGACAACAAAAAAUAUUGCACUUUUCGUUUGGCUAGAAAUGGGACCAUUGAAAGGCAAAUUUUCCGAGAAUGGCUUUCACAUUUUGCAGGGUGAAAAGACAAUUAUUUUACACGCUUUAGAAGCAAUGACACCAAAGGAAAUAUUAAAAAACGUUUACCUGAAAUCACUGUCGGAUGUUUAUAAGGUUUGAGGGGAAAAGGAAAAACAAAUUAUUUUCAAAUAUUGUGGAUAAAGAAAGAUGACAAUUAGAAAUUAUGAAGGAAAAUAAAAGUCCCGAUGUAAAUAAAUUUCAAAUCCAAUUAAAGCAACAAGCAUGACAAAUGCAAUUCCACAUAUCAUAUAAAUGGUAUCAAUCAUAAUUUUUUUUUUACUUAAAUUACUUUUAUUCUAAAUUUUUUAAAUUUCGAUAAAUUAAUAAUUCAGGUAUUUCAUCUUCAUAAGAUUUAUUUUAAAACAAAUUUUUUUUUUAUUAACCAAAGGUUAGAAAACACUUUAAAUUACAUUAAAACAUCUUGAAGUUUGUUUUAUGAAAAAAAGAAUAUCGAUUCUUUAUGAAAAAUUUGCGCAUUUCUUAAAAUUCCUAUUGGCGUUAAUAAUUUUCUUCCUUUAUUUUACAUUAAAAAUUUUUAUAUAUAAGCUAAAUAUAAAUUAAUGUACACAAAAUUUAUCAGUCAAACACUUGUAACAAGCGUAGCUUUUCAAACAAACUAAUAAUCUCUCGAUAGAGAAAUGUCAGUUAUUUUUUAAAAAUAUAUCUUUUCCUUACAUAAAUAUAAUAUUUGCAAAAAAAUUAUUUUUUAAUAAUAGAAAAAAUAAAUUAUAAGAAAAUAUUUACAGAUAUUUUCUAUCAAAUAAA